AUGUACGUCUUUGUUGAUCGUCUAAGCGAUUCUGUCUCUAUCCCCUUUGUCUCAAAAAGAGCGUACAGAAAACGCGUAAAUCUUGACGAUGACGAAGAUGACUUCGUGGACGAUCCGUCACCAACUGAACAAAAGACGAAAGCAGAGAAAAAGAUGGAAAGAAUGGGUUAUAAAGCAGGAGAAGGUCUUGGAAAGAACAAACAAGGAAUCCAAGAGCCCAUUGCUAUUUCAUUUCGCGAAGGAAAAGCUGGACUUGGUCAUGAGCAAUGGGAUGAUUCAACAGAGAAUAAGACAGUUGAGGAGACAGUUAUUUGGAUGACUAAUAUCGAUGAAGGAAUUAGAAGAGAGAUUUGUGAUAAACUGAUAAAAGACGAUCAGUGGAUGGUUGUACGGAAAGAAAAGAAAGUCAUUGAUGACGAAACUAAAUUCUGUAGUGAGAAAAAGCUAAAAGAUAUGCUUGAAGCUAAGAAUGUGUUCGAUUCGAUGUCAGAAAAAGAUAUCAGAGAAGCCAGAACCCGUGCGAACCCAUAUGAAACCAUUGGUUCCGCUUUCUUCCUAAACCGCUCUGCUAUGAAAACAGCCAAUAUGGACAAGAUCUACGAUUGGAUACUGUCCAGAGAGAAUACAGGAAACAACAGUUUUUUGCUGAAAAAUCCGCUUCAAGAGGGAACGACAGCUGAGAACGUGGAUAGGCACGAAGAUCUCUUCUAUUUCGCUGAUGUUUGUGCCGGACCAGGAGGAUUCUCAGAGUACAUGUUAUGGAGAAAAGCGUUUUAUAAUGCGAAAGGGUUUGGAUUUACAUUGGCUGGAAAAGAUGAUUUCAAGCUUCAAAAGUUCACAGCAUCGUCUGCCUACUUCUUUGAAACUUUCUACGGAACAAAGAAGAAUGGAGAUGUUAUGGAUCCAGAAAAUAUCGAUUCUCUCGAAAAGUUAAUUAGUGAAGGCACAGAUGGGCAAGGUGUUCAUCUGAUGAUGGCUGAUGGGGCGUUCAGUGUUCAAGGACAAGAAAAUAUUCAAGAAAUUCUUUCGAAGAGACUCUACCUCUGUCAGCUUCUGGUGUCGCUUUGCAUCGUUAGAGAAGGCGGAAACUUCUUGUGCAAUUUGUUCGAUAUUUUCACUCCAUUCAGUGUUGGAUUAAUCUAUUUGAUGAGAGUCUGUUAUGACAGCAUUUCUCUUCAUAAACCACACACAAGUCGUCCAGCUAAUUCAGAGAGAUUCGUCGUUUGCAAAGGAUUGAGAAUAGAGUGUGCACGAGUCGUGAAGGAGUAUUUGAAGAGAGUCAACCGCAAACUAGACGAGCUCAAAAACAAGAAUUCAAAAGACGACGUUAUGGAACUGAUGCCUCUGGACGUCAUCAAAUCAGAUGAGCAAUUCAUGAAAGAAAUCAUUGAGCACAACGAAGUGUUGGCCCAUCGUCAAACUGUCUACCUUCAAAAGUACAAAAGUUUUGCAAAGAAUCAGGGACAAUUCGACAAGGAUCAGGGAAAUCUUCGUGAUGAGUGUCUCAAGUACUGGCAGGUCCCGAACAAACAGAGACCACGUGGCGGUGAUCGUGGAAGUCAUUUGCGGAGAGGCAGAAUGGGCAACAAGUUCCCCGAGUUUUCCAUAUCAAUGCUUCAAUCGAAAAUUCCAUUAAACAUUCCCUAUGAGGAAUAUCGUUUCGUGGCUCUGGGUGCAGCUUCCGAUCCUCAAUUGCUCAUUGGUACAGGAGACGCAGUGUUCAUUUAUCGGCAUGGUCACUUUGAACAAAUCGAUAGAGAUUAUGCUCGUAUUCCGGAGAAUACCAUCUUGUUGGUGGACUGUGCGGAAGAGGUCAAGACUGACGGAUCGAAAAUCCGAAUCAGUAGUGAUCCUCAUAUGAUUCGUAUUGUGGAUGCAGCUGUACUUUAUGGAGAUAAUGUAUCACAAUUACCAUAUGAGGCUAGAAUGAAGGCUGCUCAAAAAUUCGCCCUCGCUUUGAAAUUGACAAAGAAAACAAUUCAAAUCGGUUGGGGAUUCAGGGCAAAAGACAUCACUCCUCACCAGGUCUGUUGUGCUCAAACCUAUUCUCUCAAAGAGCUCGAUGAAUUCCAAUCCAAUUUGAUUGAACUCAAACAAAGAGGAGAAGUUAUUGUGCUUUUCAAAGAAGGAGACCGCCAAUUCAAAACUCAGUCACUGAGACUUACGAGAAUCAUCAAGCAAGACUGGCAAAUGGGAUGGUCCAAAUCACAGCAAGUUCCAUAUGUGCACUCUCCACUACACCAAAAAGAGGGAUCUAUACUUGAGGACCAAUGGAAGAAAAGAGAAAUACACUCUUCGUUCUGGGACAGUGUUAUUUUGACGAAUAAAGAUAAGCAAAAGAUGACGGAGAUGAUGCAGCACGGUCACAAUGCCGUUCCAUCAACUAUCUGGAGCUGGAAACCGUGUAUGCGUACAGAAUAUGGUCCAUACAAGAUCAUGAACCAUCCAGAAGCCUUCGAUGGCAAGCCAACUAUUUCUGCAAUCAAAUCACAGAUCGCCGAGACUGAUCUCAGCACCCAACCUAGCAAUUAUUUCUAUUAA